AUGGAAGAUGAUACAGACUUGGAAGACGAUGAAUUUCAUGAAAGGUCCAAGAAAAUCUCAAAAGAUCUCAAUGUUUCCAAGAGGACAGGAUCAUCCAAGAAAUUCUCUGAUCUCCAUGUUUCAAAAAGGCCAGUUGAGGAUGACAAUGAAAGUGCAACAAUACCUGUGCCCCCCACAUCAGAUACUGUUUGUGUUCAAUCCACUCACUCUUUGGAAGGAAAACAGAAAUGGGAUAAAAGACAUGCAUGCAAUUUGCCUGCUGAGAGUGAUGAUGAAAGUGUUGUGAUACCUAUGUCCUCCACAUCAGAUGCUCUACAUGUUCAAACCACUCAUUCUUUUGAAGGAAAACAGAAAUGGGAUAAAAGACAUGCAUGCAAAUACUGUGAAAAUCUCUAUCCAAAGAUAGCAAUGCACCUUGAAACAGUGCAUAGUGAUGAAGAAGAUGUUGCAAGAGCUCUUGCCUUACCAAAACAUUCAGGAGAAAGGAAAGAUGCAUGGGCACAGAUUCGAAAUGAAGGAAACUGGGAGCACAAUUUUGAAGUUCUCAAAUCAGGGAAAGGAACUCUUAUUCCUAAAUACAGAGAAAAAGAAGAUGGUAAGCCUAUCUCUAACUAUAUUCCAUGCACAGGGUGUAAAGCAUUAUUUUCUAAGAAAUCUUUGCAUGAACAUAGGAGAUUAUGCAAAGCAAAUUCCUCCAACAAACGAGGCCAAGGAGGAAAAGAGGGAAAGAUGCUGUUGCCUCUGCCAAAGAAUGUAGGUGAAAGUUUUUACAAGAGGGUCAUACUGUCCAUGGUUAAUGAUGACGUGUUCUCUGUUGUUACCAGUGACUCAUUGAUAAUGGAUUUUGGAAAGAGGCUAUUUGACAACAAAGACAUUCAAGAGCACACGCCUAAUCAUAUAAAUGUCAGAAUGAGGGAGUUCGGCAGACUUGUCUUGGGAACCAGAAAACUUCCUUCACCCAUCUUCAGUUGGGAAGAUUGUCUGAAUCCUCUCAAUUUUUAUACCAUUGUUUCUUGUGUGAAAUCUCUAGCAGGAUUUAAUGAAGAUACCCAUUUCUACACCACACCCUCAUUAGCUUUAAAGGUAGGAUACAGCCUUCAACGGUGUGCUAAAAUUCUGGAGUCUAAUGGUAUUACAGAAAAAAAUCAGAGUAAGAAAGAAAAUGGUGAAAAUGUUCUUAAGCUGUACUCCUCCAAUUGGAAUGAUUUGAUUUCUUCGCGUGCCAGGCAGACACAAGAAGAAAAGAAGUACAUUGCACCGAAAAUGCUGCCUCUGAGUCAAGAUGUUUACAUGUUGACUGGAUUCUUGAAAUCAAAGAUGAGGACCAUGAGGCAGCACCUCGUAGAUGAUAUUUCCAUCUAUUUUGAGCUGUUAAAAGUAACUCUUUGCCUGGUUACACUAUUUAAUAGGAAAUGUGGUGGAGAUGUCCAAAGAAUUACCGUAGCAACCUAUAAACAUGCACUAAAGAUGCAGAACAGCUUGUUAUUUGACAAUGAGGUCAGGUCGUCUUUCUACACUUGA